GGGUCCUUUUUCUACAUCUUGGGAUUUCCAAGAUCAUGGAUGGAAUGGAAACCUUCACCUUUACCUGGAUGGAACUGGAAUGAUCGAUCUUUUCGAGGAAAUGACUAGAUUCAUGGCUCCAGUAAAUCGUUAAACGUUGACCAAGCAGGAUUUGUCAUGAUUCCAUUUGUAAUUUUUCUCGUCGUCGUUCUUGUGGGUGGAGCGGGAGCCCAACAGAACGUACAUGAUCCGAGAUUCAUAGGUCAAGUUCCGGAGCAGUGUGGCGAGGAUCCUAGUUUUUGCUACAUUUAUUGCAGAUCCAUCGACCCUGACACGACGAAGGCGAGAUGCGCGAGAGACUUGGUGUCAUGCAUUUGCACAAAUAAGCGAAACAACUCGAUUGGAGUCCGAUUCGUUCAAGAACGUCUCCCCCAACCUUCCACGACCACAACAACGACGCCUCUGCCCCCGAUAAAUUUCGACUACGCGCCAGGCGAACCAGUCCCCGUCCUGCUCGAGUGUGACGGAUCUACCGAAGCGGGUGAAAUUUGCCACGAAUUCUGCACGCUGGAGGUCCACGCUCUGUCUGGAAGUUGUGACCUUGCGGACAAAACAUGUCGAUGCGAAGGAGUCUCUCCAUCCACCAUGCAACCAGCCCCAAUCGCUUGGAUAUAUGCGCCCCGACCGACACUUCCUCCACCACCCACGACACCAGCGACACCACCCCCACCACUCCUCAUGCAGCAAAAUUACUGGAAUCCAAUCACGUAUGGACAUCCGAAUUACAAUUACAACCCAAUUCCGAUGCAACACCCGAACGGGGGCUAUUACAUGCCCGCCCUGGCCCCUGGGGUGGCUCAGCAGCAAAUGUACCCACCCCAAUUGCAAGCCUGGGAUCCGUACCACACAGUCACGAAUGAGCAGUGGAUCAACCCAUACCAACCACAACAACCACCCCUGCCACCGCCAGCAUCACCUUCAGAGUCGACAAAUCAACAUCGACUAGAGGAAAUUGAGACAACGACAAUGACCCCACUUUCAGUGGAAACGUCGACUAGCGAAGUAUUGACAUCUACGUCGACAAGCGUCAGUAUGACGGAGGGUGUAGAGGUGAUGGAGGAGGAAGAAAGCGGUCAAGAUGACACGGCUCCUCAGCCGGAGAGAAAGAAACGAUCUGCAGCAUCUUCAUACGCAUCCGCUUUCUCGUUUGGAUCAGGAAAUUCCAAUAGGGAAACUUGUUCCGUGUCCACGUGUCAAGCGUCAUGUGAGGCAAGCGGUUUCGACGCGAGGAAACGAUGCAUUCCAAAAUGCGUGGAUACGGAGUGUUUCUGCCUUUGUAAACCAGAACGGGUAAAUUCAUCUUCAUUUUUAUCCACUCUUAUUGAUGGCAAGGUGGAAGAGUUGGUCGGACAAGUUUUGGCCACGCCAGUAAGGGUGACUUCUCCAGGGAGUGGAAGUAACAACCCUGUGACUGGGACGACAAAUUAUCAACGACCUGUGCAAGGUGUUCCGCAAAAUCCGUCUUCACCUCAUCCCUCAACCGGUUUAGGUGGUCUGACCUACGGGGUUAAUAAGACACCCCUGACACAGGACGAGUUUAUGGCUCUUUUCGCUCCACCACCGACUCUCUACACAUAAAAUAAAUGAGCCAAACUGCA